CCCGGGGCCAGCAGCUCCUACCAGGACUUCUUGAUUGUGAGUUAUCAGAGUGAAAGAUCAGAGAAAGAAAUUCUUGCUGGUCUUACUUUAAAGAACAGUUAACAAUGCCUGGUGGUUUGGAGAAGGCGUGUCAUCAGUGCAUAUCUAAGAUUGCAAGUAAUGCCUGCUUCAUUUUUACCCUCCUGGCUUUUCUAGCAUUGCCCUUGUCCAUGGCUUUCACAGGAAUGAAGUUUUUGGAGGACUGCCCCAUUGAGCCACUCAUUCCUUUAUACUUGCUAGUGGGCGGGAUCAUCGGCAGCCUAAAGGUUUCCCUUCUGCUCUAUGACUCCACCAAGAUGAGGCAGCUGCUCUCCAAGUCUGUUGUGAUCGAUGAUGACGAUGACGACGAAUAUCCCUGGAGACAGAACGCUCAUAAAUACUAUAUCCACCUCAUCCUCAGCCUUUUCCUCUUCAUCUGGUUCAUACUGGGCAACUACUGGGUCUUUUCCAUCUACUUGCCCAAUUUUAUUCCUCCUUUCCACCAGCCUCAGGAUUACUGCGAUAAAACCCUGUAUCUCUUUGCUGUGAGUGUCCUGGUUAUAAGUCAUUCAGUACUAUUCUUGCUUGUUGUUUGUAGCUGUUGUAUAUAUGUCUUUUCCAGGCAAAGGUAUACUGUUGAGGAAGACUAGGACCACACAGACCCCAUUUCAAGGAAAGGCAAUAACCACACUCAUUCAGAAAACCAACAAAGAAACCACGAAAAUACCCUUGUGGAUACCUUCCAACAGAGUUGGGGUUCUUGAACCUGGGAAUUGUAAACCUGUUUUAAAAAAUAUUUUGAUAUCUCUAUCUCAGUAUCACUGGGUUCCUUUGUAAUCCUACAUGUUUUCUUUUCUUUUUUUUUUUUUUUUGGUGAGGCAAUUGGGGUUAAGUG